AUGUUUCUGAAGCUCACUUCUCUUCGUUUGUCUCUUUCAUAUCCCUUCUCUCAUUGUAAACUCAAACCGAAAAACAAAAUCUCCCAACAGAAGUUUCGCGAGUGCUUUUGCGGGAAUUGGAGGAGGUUGAGUUUUAAUGGGUUUAGUAACACUGCAAUUUGUCAUUCAUUUGAGGAGUUUGAUGUCCAAGAAAGUGAGUGGAAUCUCAAGGGAUUUGAGAUCCUCCAUUUGAUGGAAAAGCGUGGAAUUCUUGCGAAUUGUCAGACGUUUACUUUUCUUUUGGAUGGUUGUUUGAAUUCUGGAUCUUUUAUUGAAGCUAAAAAGAUUCAAGGGAGGAUUUUAAAGUUGGGUUUUGGUAGAGAGCAAGUAUUAUGUGAUAAAGUUCUUGAUAUUUAUGUACAAAGUGGUGAUUUUGAUGGUGCAGUCAACGUUCUUGAUGAUAUGCCUAGUACAAAUGUGUUUUCUUGGAAUAAGUUAAUUUCUGGGUUUAUUGCAAAGAAGUUGAGUGAUAGAGUGUUGGAUGUGUUUUCACAAAUGAUAAAUAAAAAUGUGAAGCCAAAUGAAGCAACUUUUGCAAGUGUUUUGAGGGCCUGUAGUGAUGGUCGUAAUGCUGCUUUUGAAUAUGUUAAGCAGGUUCAUGCUAUGAUUAUUUAUCAUGGUUUUGGUUCUAAUACGCUUGUUUGUAAUCGUUUAAUAGAUUUGUAUGCCAAAAAUGGGUUUGUAGAUUCUGCUAAAAAGGUUUUUGAUAACUUAGUUUUAAAGGAUAGUGUAUCUUGGGUGGCUAUGAUCUCUGGCUUUUCUCAAACUGGACAUGAACAAGAAGCUAUUCAUCUGUUUUGCCAGAUGCAUAUAUUGGGAAUUUUACCUACACCUUAUGCUUUAUCAAGUGCUUUAAGUGCUUGCACUAAGCUAGAGCUAUAUGGCAAGGGAGAGAUUUUUCAUGCACUUGUUUUCAAGUGGGGAUUUUCUUCUGAAACAUAUGUGUGUAAUGCUCUUGUGACAUUGUAUUCUCGUGCGGGGAAUUUUAUAUCUGCUGAACAAGUUUUUAGCAAAAUGCAGCAGAGGGAUAGUGUUUCAUAUAACUCGCUGAUCUCUGGGCUGGCACAGCGUGGAUUUAGUGAUAGAGCAUUGGAAUUGUUUGAGAAAAUGCAGCUUGACUGCUUGAAACCAGACUGUGUUACAGUUGCAAGUCUCAUGAGUGCCUGUGCAUCAGUUGGGGCUCUAAAUAAGGGAGAGCAACUUCACUCUUAUGCAAUAAAAUUGGGGAUCUCUAAAGACAUCAUUGUUGAAGGCUCCUUGCUUGAUCUUUAUGUGAAAUGCUCGGAUGUAGAGAAUGCCUAUGAAUUUUUUCUCACAACGGAGAGGGAAAAUGUUGUUCUUUGGAAUGUGAUGCUGGUGGCUUACGGGCUGCUAGAUAACCUAACUGAAUCUUUUAAGAUAUUCAGACAGAUGCAGAUUGAAGGUCUACUACCCAAUCAGUACACCUAUCCAAGUAUAUUGAGAACUUGUACCUCACUAGGAGCUCUUGAUCUAGGAGAGCAGAUUCAUACUCAAGUCAUAAAGACUGGCUAUCAGUUUAAUGUAUAUGUUUGUAGUGUGCUCAUAGAUAUGUAUGCUAAGAAUGGAAAGCUAAAUACUGCACAGGGAAUUCUGAGAAGACUAUCUGAGGAUGAUGUUGUUUCCUGGACAGCUAUGAUUGUUGGGUAUUUACAGCAUGAUAUGUUUGCUGAAGCACUUAAACUUUUUGAAGAAAUGCAAAACCGAGGGAUUCAAUCUGAUGACAUAGGAUUUUCAAGUGCAAUCAGUGCAUGUGCUGGUAUUCAAGCACUCAAUCAAGGACGACAAAUACAUGCUCAAUCCUAUGUCUCUGGUUUUUCAGAUGAUCUUUCGGUUGGAAACUCCCUUGUUAGUCUUUAUGCUAGAUGUGGUAUAAUCGAAGAAGCAUACUUAGCAUUUGAGAAAAUUGGUGCUAAAGAUAGUAUAUCAUGGAAUGGACUGAUUUCAGGAUUUGCACAGAGUGGAUACUGUGAGGAAGCUCUGCAGGUCUUUUCCCAGAUGAAUAGAGCCAGAGUAGAAAUUAAUUUAUACACAUUUGGUUCUGCAGUUAGUGCUGCUGCCAACAUAGCAAAUAUAAAACAGGGAAAGCAAAUCCAUGCCAUGAUUAUGAAAACAGGUUAUGCUUUAGAAACUGAAGCUUCUAAUGCUUUAAUCACAUUGUAUGCAAAGUGUGGCAGCAUUGAAGAUGCCAAGAGAGAGUUUCUUGAAAUGUCCAAAAAAAAUGAGGUUUCAUGGAAUGCCAUGAUCACAGGCUUUUCUCAACAUGGAUAUGGUAUUGAGGCAAUAAAUCUUUUUGAGAAAAUGAAACAGACUGAUGCAAUGCCGAACAAUGUGACCUUUGUGGGAGUUUUAUCAGCUUGUAGCCACGUAGGUUUGGUGAAUGAAGGCCUUGGCUACUUUGAAUCCAUGAGCAAAGAAUAUUGCUUAGUGCCUAAACCAGAACAUUAUGCCUGUGUUGUUGAUCUCCUUGGUCGGGCUGGCCUUUUGGACCGUGCAAGGGAAUUUAUAGAGAAUAUGCCGAUUGAACCAGAUGCAAUGGUUUGGAGAACCCUUUUAAGUGCUUGUAGAGUUCAUAAGAAUCUAGAAAUUGGAGAGUUUGCAGCUCAUCAUCUUCUAAAAUUGGAACCUGAAGACUCUGCAACUUAUGUUCUUCUAUCAAAUAUAUAUGCAGUGGCUCAGAAAUGGGAUUCUAGAGAUCAGAUGAGGCAAAUGAUGAAAGAUAGGGGUGUGAAGAAAGAGCCUGGCCAAAGCUGGAUUGAGGUUAAAAAUUCAAUUCAUGCAUUCUUUGUUGGUGAUCGCCUCCAUCCACUAGCAGAUAAAAUAUAUGAAUUUUUGGGAAAUCUGAAUGAAAGGGCGGCCAAAAUUGGUUAUGUGCAAGACCGUUAUAGCCUUUGGAGUGAGAUAGAGCAAGAGCAGAAGGAUCCAACCGUAUAUAUUCACAGUGAGAAACUGGCUAUUGCCUAUGGUCUUCUUAGUUUGUCUGAUACGAUCCCUGUACGUGUAAUUAAAAAUCUUCGUGUAUGUAAUGAUUGUCAUAAUUGGAUCAAAUAUGUAUCAAAAAUAUCAAAUCGGACUAUUGUGGUACGAGAUGCCUACCGCUUUCAUCAUUUUGAAGGUGGUGUUUGUUCAUGUCGAGAUUAUUGGUAAAUGAAAGUGCAUGCAGUGAUUGAGAAUAAAAAAAAUGAUCUCAUGAGGCCUGGAAAUUCUCUUUAAGCUCAGAGGAGGAGUUCGUCUCCUCUGCUGAAUUCACCUUUUGGAAGAUUAUGAUGCAGCUUCCCCAAGAAGAAGACAAUUCUUAUAGUUAAUUCAGAUGCUUGAAC